UAGUUUGCGUAAAAUACGGAAGAUGGCUGCUUCGAGUAGCUCGUACGGGCUUUAAUUAAUUUCAGGAAAUAUCAGCUGUUUUUUUUUUCUCUUUUCUUUCGAUAAAGUCAAUCAUGUGAAUCAAUUCAAAAACCACAUAAUAUAAAUACGGUGUAAGAGAAAAAAAGCCCCUUUCCGCACUGCCUUCGGGUUUCAUAUUGAGACGCUUUUCGUCUAGAUCAUGGACUGACUGGGAUCUGUCUGAUAAGCCAAGGACAGAAGUGUGACCACGGUGCCACGCUGAAGAAAUGGCACAACAGACCCCAAUGUGGAUGACCUCACCUUUAGGAGACCCAGACCUCGAGCAAGACUCUGGAGUGGAAGAUGAUGGCAGCAGUAACCAUGGUGACACACACUCACCAGAGGGUCAGAACCAGAAAGGCUCCACCAUCUACAUCGCCUUCCAGGGGAACAUGGAGGAUGAGGACUUCCAAGCAAAACUGGACAACAUCCUGAACAAUGUGCCUGGGCUGUUGCAGCUGGAGAGCAUGCAGCCACAGCAGGUGGAGCCUUGGAACAGCGUGCGCAUCACCUUCAACAUCCCGCGGGAUGCUGCCGACCGCUUGCGCCUUUUGGCGCAGAAUAACCAUCAGCAGCUACGGGAUUUGGGCAUCCUCUCUGUGCAGAUAGAGGGGGAAGGUGCUAUCAAUGUUGCUGCAAACAGAGGUCCAGAUGUCAGGCCAAAUGGCCCAAUUGGAGCUGGAGGUCAGAUGAGAAUGGAUGGCUUUCCCAUGCAACCGGGUUCAGGCCCCAUGCGGAUGAACAACCCCCCUAUGAUGAUGGGGCCCUCAGGACCAGGCUUGCCCCCACAGGGCAUGGGGCCCGGUGGCAGUGGACAAAGGCCAACCCGACCCCUGCGGGCCCCUACUCACACAGAUUCUAUGGACCCCAUGAUGUCAGGACUACAGCAGCAUCAGCAGCAGCAACAGCAAGCCCCCCAUGGCUCACUGCCCAUGCCACCCCAGGGCCACCCCAUGACAAGUGCCAGGCAGCUCACGCCAGCUGCCCUGCAACAGCUCCAGCUGCAGCAGCAGCAGCAACAGCAGCAGCACCACCACCAAGCCCAGAUGGCGGGUGGCCGUGCUCCCUUCCACCCUCCAGGGCAGGGACCUGUCCCAGCAGCAUGGAACCAUCUUCUUCCUGGUCAGCCCCCACAGGGCCCCGCAUGGCGGAAGGCCCCGCCUCAGGCAGUGAUAACACCUGCGACACGCCCCUCUUUGGCCACUGUCCAACUCCCCAGUCACCCACCGCCACCAUACCCCUAUGGGAGCCAGCAGACUGGACAGGCCUUCAGCACUGCCAUGGGGCAGCAGCAGCAGCCACAGCAGCCAGGGCAGUUUGCAGCCCCUCAGCCCAAAGGCCUCCCAGGAACUGCCCCAGGUAUGGCUGGACCAAGGGGACCUGCCCCUUCACCGCUCCCUCCACCACCCACCUCUGUCCAGCAGGGCCACCUGGCUGGCAGAUCCCCAGGUUCGUCCACAUCCCCCUUCCAGCAUGGCUCUCCCGGGACACCACCCACACCGGUCCAGGCCCAGGCACAACUGAACAACUUUCCUCAGGCCGUGGGCUCUCCAAGCAGGGCCGCUCUGGGGCAAGGCAAAAUGCAGCCGGGAUUCAUGAUGAUGGCACAGCAGGGGCCCCAGUCAUCACAGGCGAAUCAGGUUGCAAUGGGAGGCAUGCCCAAGCGCUUGCCUGCAGGCUUCCCAAACAUGCAGGGUACCCAGAACUUCAUGCAAGGCCAAGCCACAGCCAGCCCAGCUGGUACUUCUGUGCCCAACUCCAGCCCUCAGGUGCCCAGUAGUCAUGGCAUGCCGCAUGCAGGAGUACAAAUGGCCACCCCAUCUGUGACCCACAUGCAGCCAGGCCCACAGAGCCAGCCUGGACCUCUUCAGGGCAACACGAUGGGCCUCCAGCCCCCAGGUGCAGGUGGGAUGGGGCAGCCCCCGCUGGCCUCCCCAGCCCAGGCAAUGGGUGUACAGCACCAACCAGUGUCCUCCUCACCUUCUGCAACAUCAUCUCCGGCUCAGAUGGUACCUGGCCAGGCUGGAUCCCAGGGGGUGCUCUCCAGGCCCCAGCUUGGGGGACAGGCUCAGAUGGUGCUGGGAGCCCAGACCCCAGGGAUUGGUCCACAGAGGGGGAUGACCCCUCCCAGACAGGGGGUACCACAGCAGGCCCAAGUAGUCAGCAGCCAGGGACAUCAGGUAAUCUUACAGCAGCAGCAUCAGCAGCAGAAUGUGUUGAUGGAGCAGAUGACAUCAAGUCAGAUGCAAGGAAGCAAGCAAGGCUUUGGGCCGAAAGCUCAGCCUGGGGUUAUGCAAGGGCAGAUGAUGCGGGGCCCAUCACCUAGUGUGCAGCCCAACCCAACCCAGUUUCAGGGUCAGAUGGUCCAGCAGCAGCAACAGUCGCAGCAAAUCCCUUCUAACGGCAGUCCUGCUCAGACUUUGGCCUUACAUGGCCCCCAGAUGCGAAUUCCUGGAGGGCACCAUUUGCUUCAGCAGCAGCAGCAGCAGCAACAAGCCCCGAUUCAGCAGCAGCCAGCCCAGGUUCAGGUUCAGCUUCAGCAGCAGACAGGGCAGCUUCAGCAGCCACAGCCAGGCCAGGUUCAGCUUCAGCAGCAACAGCCGACCCAGCUUCAGCAGUUCCAGCAGCAAAAACAGCAGCAGCAGAUGGUGGUGCAGCAGCAGCAGCAAUCGCAGCUCGGGAAUGCCUCUGGGGUUGCAGGAGAGAUGGCUUUGCAGCAGAUGCUCCCUGAAAUGCAAUCCCAGCAGUCGUCGCAGCCACCACAGCCAUUGCAGCAGCAGGGCAUGGCCGUGGGCGGUGGCCACUUUCCUCCAGGUCAUGGGUUGUCCUUCAACCCCCAGUUCACUGGGCCAAUAGGCAUGGCUGGACCGUGCGGGCAAGCAGGUGGAUUCCCCGGAAACAAGGAUGUCACCCUUACCAGCCCCCUGCUGGUCAAUCUGCUGCAAAGCGACAUCUCGGCCAGCCAAUUUGGACCAGGUGGGAAGCAAGCCCCCGCCGGCCCCCCAAAACCCAAGAAGAAAAAACCUCCACGCAAAAAGAAGGGCACCGCCAGCGGAGGGCUUCCUGGGCAGCCGGGUGAUGAGGCCCUCGGUGGUCUGGCUGAGAUGCGGCCCCAUGGAAUGGACGACCUUGAAGGGCAAGGGACUGCUAGUGACAUGGGGGUCAACUUGGACCCUGCUGGGCCUAAACAUGCAGAAUUUGGAAACAGGCCUCAAGGGUUUCCUGUGCAGCCAGGAGACCAAAGGACUUUACCACAGCUUCCAGUUCAAUUCAUGCCGCAGCAGCAUGUGCAGCAACAGUUGCAGCAGCAACAGCAGCAGCAGCAACAGCAGCAACAACUGCAGCAGCAUCAGCAGCAGCAGCAACACCUGCAACAGCAGCAACACCUGCAGCAGCAGCAAAUGCAACAGCAGCAGAUUCAACAACAACAACAAAUGCAGCAGCAGCAGCAGCAGCAACAACAACAACAAAUGCAAAGGCAGCAAAUGAUGAUGAUGCUCAUGAUGCAGCAGGAGGCCAAGAUGAGAAUGGCCCAUCCACCCAGGGCUGCGCUGAAUGCACCAGAUGGCCAGCGGAUGCCUGUCUCACAGCAGGGCAGCGUGCCACCCAUGAUCCACCUGCAGGGACACGCUGGUGUUCCUCCAUCUCCAGACAAACCAAGGGGUGUGUCUCUCCAGAUGAACCCCCAGCUGGCUGGGACUGCCAGGAGGAUGCCUGUGCCUGUCACCGUUGGCGAGGCAGGUCAGGCUUGUCAACCGGGAACCUCUGAGGAUGCCAGCGGAAUGCCCAUCGCGCAAGAACGACCAGCCCACGAAGCCAGUCAGCAGGUCAUGAGCGCCGCAACGCAGGCAAGCGUCGGGCAAGGCCAAAACACCCACCUGCUCAAGUCAGGCCCUUCACCAGUCCCACAGCACCAGGGCCCCAGCCCUCAGCAGCAACAGCAACAGCAGCAGCAGCAGCAGCAGACGCCACAGCAGACCGGUCCCAUGUCCAGCACGCAUGGCCUCCAUUUCCCCAGUGCCCCCACCACCACUACACAGAGCUCUAGGCCUAAGACACCGAACCGAGCCAGUCCGAGGCCGUACCACCACUCGUUGACCCCAUCGAACCGCCCACCCAGUACUGAGCCGUCAGAAAUCAACCUCUCACCUGAGAGGUUGAACGCCUCCAUCGCCGGCCUGUUCCCCCCACAGAUAAAUAUCCCUCUGCCUCCAAGGCAACCUAAUUUGACACGUGGAUUUGACCAGCAGGGUCUCAACCCCACCACCCUAAAAGCCAUUGGGCAGGCUCCGCCCACGCUGAGCUCCCCUGCUCCCAGCAGCAACGGCAGCAGCCAGCAGUCUUUCCUAGCAGGAAAUUCAGCAACAGCCACUGUCGGCAAGGUGGAGAAGCCUCAAACGGGGGGUCCUGCAAAAAGAGCUAGUCCGAGCAACGGUCGCCGACAAAGUACGGCCUCAAACCGCAAGACAGCCCCAAGCCCAGGAAGACAGAAGGGAGCUGCCAAAAUUACACCUGCCUGCCCUCCACAUCCACAGCCUCUGGCUGGUCCCCAGAACGCAACCGUUGGCCCCUCUGUGGUCCUCUCUAGUCCUGUGUCCAUGGCCCCGGCAAGCCUGGAGUUGCAGCAGGUUCAGAGCCCAUUCCAUGGUGUCAAUGGGAAACCCACUGACGUAAGCAGGGAGACCCAAACAGUGACCUUGGAACAGCAGCACCAAACACCCCAGCCUCAAACAGAGCCCCCGGUAGCAGGGAGGACAAGGAGUCCAGCCAUUGCAAUGGAGCAAAAGGGUUCAGCUGUUGAGGAUCCAGCCAAACACAGCCAGCCAUCAGUGGCAGUGCAACAGGAGCCAAAGUCCAGUGCAGCCGCGCCCCUCAGGGAGGCGCCGACCUCACUCAGCCAGUUGCUUGACAGUUCCAUAGCACCAGGUGGGACUCUCGGGCCAGCACAGAGUAUUCUCCAAGAAGCAGGCCAGGCGUCCAGGGAACCCAUACGUCCACCAGUGGACAGGGAGACUCAGAAACCAGCCGGAGGCCCGCAAGCUUCUAACAUAAGUUCCCCAGCAGCUGCGGCUAAAGCAGAGUCCAAAGCCAACAUCCACCCGGCUCCUGCUCCCAAGGUUAACGCUGGACUUAGUCCUGCCUCCAGUCAGAGUCCCAGCACUGGCGCUAACACAAAGCCAAGCGUCGACCCCACGCUUAACGUAUCACUAGUCCUGCAGCGGCCACCUACUUCAUCCUCCACUUCCUCUUCUUCCACCUCUUUGGCCACUCCCACUAACAUCACGGUUUACGUGACCUCCAACGCUGUUAGCUCCUCGACCGGUGCUUCUGUCACACCAGCCUUGGUUUCAACUGUAGUCACCGUGCCCAACAAAGGUGUGAGGCCCCAGGAGGGACGUGUCACACCCACACCUGUCACACCGAAUGCCCGCCCUGCUCCGUUCAUCACAACGCCCAUGUUGAUUAACCCCGUGUUUCAGGUGCCUGCUUCCUCUGUGGCUCCAAGCGCCAGCAUUGUGUCUCAGGCUGUCGCCAUGGUGGGCUCCAUCCAGAUGCCGGCUAACAUACAGCUUUCACCGUCCCCUGCAGUCCGGCCAGCGACUCUGCAGCCCCCAGUCAGCUUGGCCAAUGGGCAAGCCAGCCGACCGGCAGCUACGCAAGUCCAGAUGGCCUCCACACAGGCAUCCUCUGUCAGGGUAUCCCCCCAGUCACUGUGGCAACGUCCCGCCACCCCUAAACAGGAAAGUGGUGCUCUUGCCGAAGCAGGUCCUUCCCUGGGACCCUGUCGAGGGGGGCAGCCUUCUCCACGUUCGGGAGCUAGCACCUCUUCUCCCUUCUCUCAGCCCCUGGCAUCCCCGCCUCCCUGCUCCAGCCCUGGUGCUGCUCCUGCUGCUGGCGGUAUCCGGAGGACCCCGCUGUCCCCUACAGCAGCUGCUCCUACGCCCAAAGCUAGCCAGUCACCCACAGGCAAAUCGACUACAUCUGUGGCCUCGAGUGAUACUCCCCAGAAAGUCGAACCCAGCCCAAGUGGUGGGGCACCUGAGUCUCAGGGUGCGGCACGGCUGCCAGCGCUACCUGGGGUCAUUUCCCCUCCUGCAGCUGCAUCCUCCACAGUUACUGUCACCACAAAUGCAGUGGAAGGACAACAGGCUGCCAUCCUUCAACCAAUAGCUGCAUCUCCUCCUCUCCAGAUGCCCCUCCCCUCACCUGCCCCCACUCAGACACCGCCCCCUGCUCCUGCUGUUACCCCAACAGCACCUGCCAACACUGGAACACCCAACUCCCAAAACAGUGGCCCUGCCUCAGCCACAGCUCCCAUUCCAGUUUCCGCCGAGGUCCAGAAACCCUCCGCUACAGCAGCCGACACACCGGCCCCAGCAACAGGAGCAGCUGGAGCUACAGGGCAUCCGGUUGCGGUUCAGGCAGACCGACCGUUGCAAGAGCAGCCUCCUGCAGACACUGCCGGUGAAGGAACAGCAGUGGUGACUGAACAAGGAUGUGUAAAGACAAGAGAGACGCCCGUCAGCCUUGUCCCGAGAGAUACCAAGGUAGUCCCUGAGAAGCCAAAGGGUCCUGGCCGUCGCAGCUCCCGGGUAGAAAAGGAGCUGGAGGAAGGAGGCGUGGCUUCACAGGAUGCUCCUGAGAACGGUCAGAGGAAGCGAGCUGCUCGGCCUGGCUCAGCCUCCAACACAGCAGCUGGCAAAGAUUCCAGUGGAGCUGCAGCUGCUCCCACACAAGCUAAGCGACGGAAGUCAAAGUAACCCCAAAGCCUCUGUCUUGCCAUGUGUACAUCUUUUUGUGAAUGACCCUGUCCCCUCUUUUCCUCGGGCUGUUGGAAACAUGAAGGAACCCUGUACAGAUGAUUGUUUUAAUAAGAGCAAUUAAUAUUGGUGUCGUCUCCUGUGACAAGUGUGUGCAGUUUUUAAUUCAGAGGGUUUUAUGUGUUUUGUUUUUGUUUUUUUUUUCCUCUUCUCCAAAAUGCUGGAAUAAUAAUGUUUAGGCCCCCUGAUCAGGAAAAUUCCACGGUUCUUUGUUGUAUUUUGUUGCAAAAUUAAUUAAAUUUUCUACUACUUG